UCCGGGACUCCGGGAGGGAGAGAGAGAGAGAGAGCAACGAACGCGCAAGUGAUAGAGCGUUAUCAGGCGUAAUCGUCGCCUAGCCAGUAAGCUGCGAUACAGCAGUAAAAAAGAGCUUACGCAGACAUCUCUUUCUCUCUCAGUCUACCUAUACAUGUAGCUAUUCAAAACCGCAUGAUGCGGCAGCAGCUACUUACUUUGCUGUGUAAAUUGUCCACGCGUCAUAAAAUUCGGCUAUUUCUUGAGUGAAAAUUAAGGAAGAGGAAGAUACCAAUUGUGCAAAUUAACCCACACACGACUGUUCUACUCGAUUUCUCGCUCUUUCGUGAUAAGCAGUAUACUUAUCACGAAAUAGUAUAUAUAUAUAUAUACGGGACCUUUUGCAUAUCUGUCAGUAAAUCCGACUGCUAGUCUGCUACGUUUUGGUGUUGUGUUGUUGCCUUGUGCUGUUCUGUAUGUUUUACUUACCUCUAUCGGGAUCGUGAGCCACCACAAGCCAUGAUAUUUUUGAUAGGCAAAUUUUAUUCAUUAAUUUGUUGAUAUCGUAAAUAAGGCUUCGAUAGUCGAGCAUGUGCUUGCCCUACAUCAAGAUGCAGAAGAGAGCAGGAUGGUCCUGCAUUGCAAAAACGUUGAUUACGCUGUUCGUGGUUUUUGUUAUCUAUCUGCCAACGGUGCACAGCUACGAGGUCAUUUAUGCGGUAAAUUGUGGUGGUGAUGACCACAUUGACAGCAAUGGCAUUCGCUACGAAAGAGAUCCUCUAAUGGGUAAGGUAGGCACUGAUUCAGAUUAUGGAAAGCAACUGCUCUCAAUAGGCAGGGUUCGAGAAAAAGACUUGAUACUUUAUCAGACUGAAAGAUAUCAUCAUAGUACCUUUGGCUACGACAUACCCAUCGAUGAGGAUGGCGAGUAUGUCAUGGUCCUUAAGUUUUCAGAGGUUUAUUUUAGUGCAUCCGAUAGGAAAGUAUUUGAUAUUGUCCUAAAUGGGGACCACACUGUUGUGACUGAGCUAGAUAUAUUUGAUAAAGUUGGACGUGGCGUUGCUCACGAUGAGUAUGUUGUAUUUAAGGUAGUAAAAGAUAAACUCAUUAUCAAUGGAGAAGAAUCCGAAAUACUUGGUGGUAAAAUAAGAGUUGAAUUUAUUAAGGGAUAUAAAGAUAAUCCAAAAAUUAAUGCAAUUCUUGUGAUAAAAGGAACCCUAGAAGAGGUUCCAAAAUUAGGACCCAUACCGCAAGAACCAGAAGAGUAUGGAAUGCAAGAUGAAGAAGAGGAGCCUGUGAUUCGCACAAGGCAUACCAGUGGACCUCGUUCUCCGGACCCUUAUGCUGAUGAUUCCUCAUUCUGGCUGCCUGUCUUUAUUACUUUAGGUUUAUUUAUUCCUCUUGUGAUUUGCCUUUGUAAAUGGUAACAAGUACAGAAAAGAAGUCACACACAAUAGGAAAGUACUUAAUUUAAAUACAAAAAUCCUUGUGUAGUAUUUUUCACACAAUAAGAACAUUGUUUUACUAAAAUGUACUUUAAUGAUUGGCAAAUUUUAUAUUUAUAUUUAUUUUUUCAAGUGGCACGAUCUUAGUGCUUUUAUUCUGUGGAAUGUUUUUUAUUCAAGUGCAACUAUUUACAAUGAAUUAUUUUAUACAGAUGCUAGCCUUUGUUAUGGCACUUAAAUUGUGAAAAAUAAUUGCGUUAAAGUGGAUAUGAUUAAAUUUGUAAAGGUGUGUCUGUUGCAGAUUUAAAGUUUCAAAUGAGGCGAUAUUAAUAAAGUUGUUACAUUA